AAUCGGGUGGAGCCACAGACAGUUCGGCGAACUUCCCCACUGCGUGAGGGCUGCACCUCCGUACGCGUGUAUGCGUCCGACCCAACAAACCAUCUGCCACAAAUGUCAGGCUGAUGAAAGCGUUUCCUGUGACUGUUGUCGGGAGUUGAGUCGCGAGUGAGUGUAGCAGCAGCUUUUUGUAGUCGGCGUCCUCAUAAAGAAGGUAAAUUAUCUGCUGUAGAGCUUUUGAUUGAGUGCCAGCCAGGAUGAUUCUGGCGACAUUAAAAGGCAUCGGGAAGCAGCUCCUGCGGGUGAAGGUUGUGGACUGCAACACGGAUGAGUCCCGCCUGUGUCGAUGCCUCAACACGUUUGACCUGGUGGCCCUGGGUGUGGGCAGCACUCUGGGCGCUGGCGUCUAUGUGCUUGCUGGCGCCGUAGCCCGAGACAGCUCUGGACCCGCCAUCGUCCUCUCCUUCCUCAUUGCCGCCCUGGCCUCUGUCCUGGCUGGUCUGUGCUAUGCUGAGUUCGGGGCCCGUGUCCCCAAAACCGGCUCAGCUUACCUCUACAGCUAUGUAACGGUCGGGGAACUAUGGGCCUUCAUCACGGGCUGGAACCUCAUCCUCUCUUAUAUUAUCGGAACCUCAAGUGUGGCCCGAGCAUGGAGUGCAACCUUUGAUGAGCUGAUUGGAAGGCACAUUGAGGAAUUCUGCAGACGCUACAUGACCAUGAAUGCCCCGGGUAUCCUGGCAGAAUAUCCAGACAUAUUUGCUGUCUUCAUCAUACUCACUCUGACAGGACUGCUUGUAUUUGGAGUGAAGGAGUCAGCCUUGGUAAAUAAAGUAUUCACCUGCAUCAAUGUACUGGUGCUGCUGUUUGUGAUCAUCUCUGGCUUGGUCAAAGGAAACCUUAACAACUGGAGCUUGAACCCUGAAGAAAUCCUCAACGCCACCACCAACUCCAGCCUUAAUGUGUCUGACUCCUUGCCAUCAGAGGAAACUCUUGGUGAAGGUGGUUUCAUGCCUUUUGGCUUUUCUGGAGUCCUCUCUGGUGCUGCCACCUGCUUUUAUGCCUUUGUCGGGUUUGACUGCAUUGCCACCACAGGAGAAGAAGUGAAGAAUCCCCAGAGGGCCAUCCCUAUUGGGAUUGUGGCCUCGCUCCUGAUCUGCUUUGUGGCGUACUUCGGUGUGUCCGCAGCCCUCACUGUGAUGAUGCCUUACUACAUGCUAGACAAGAACAGCCCUCUGCCAGUGGCCUUUAAGUAUGUGGGCUGGGAGGGAGCCACUUAUGCAGUGGCCAUUGGCUCUUUAUGUGCCUUGUCGACCAGUUUACUAGGCUCCAUGUUCCCAAUGCCCAGAGUGAUCUGGGCCAUGGCAGAUGAUGGCCUGCUCUUCAAAUGCUUGGCUAAAAUCAGCCCACGAACCAAAGCCCCUCUAACAGCUACAGUAACAUCAGGUGUUGUGGCAGCUGUGAUGGCUUUCCUGUUUGACUUGAAGGACCUGGUUGACCUCAUGUCCAUUGGCACUUUGCUGGCCUAUACUCUGGUUGCUGCCUGUGUGCUAGUCCUCAGGUACCAGCCAGAACAGCCAAGUGCAGCCUACGAGAUGGCCAACACUCAGGACGAAGCUGAGAUUACGGAGUCUUAUAAUGAGGGAACACACAUGUUACCACAGCCAGAUGAUCACUUCACCAUCAAGAAUCUCCUCUUCCCUUCAAACACGGAGCCAUCCCCGCUGUCCGGCUUUGCUGUUAACAUUUGCACCAGUAUACUUGGCGUUUUGGUGUGUGUCUUCAGUGUUGUAGCUGUACAAGGAGGGCUGGCACCCUGGUCAAUGUCCAUCCUUUGUGUUAUCAUGGUGGUUUGUCUGAUUCUCACCCUCAUUGUGUGCAGACAGCCACAGAGCAAAGCAAAGCUUGCCUUCAAGGUUCCCCUGCUGCCCUUUCUCCCAAUCAUUAGUAUGUUUGUUAACGUGUACCUGAUGAUGCAGCUCGACAGAGGAACCUGGCUGCGCUUUUCCAUCUGGAUGGUCUUAGGUUUCAUUAUCUACUUUGGCUAUGGCAUUCGAAACAGUGCAGAGGCAGUGUUGACCAGGUCUGACACCUACUCACCAGCCUGCACAAUAAAAGGAGAACCCAUGACCACGGAGAAGGAAGCCUUCCUACAUGACGGGCAAAAUGCCACCGGAGAUGACGACGACGAAGAUUCCUGAGGAAACGGGAGGUUCACUAAUCUACUCUGGCUGUGUUCUGCAUAUCAAACAUUGACAUGUGUUAAGUUCUCAGAAAUAGCUGCAAAGCCAGGAGACAUAUGGAGAUUUAUAUGCACCCCUACACUCAGAGCGCUGAGUUGUUUCCGAAUUUGCCUGUUUGAUGGCAGACGAAAGGCUAGUUAGAUAUAAAGGCUAAGUAAACACAAGAUGAAUCUCCAUAUGUCUGAAACUGAGAUUUUAUUCAGAAUACUUUUUAUUUUCUAGAUAAGACAUUUUUUAAAAGUAUUUUUUAAAAUGUUUUGCAUUGUGAUAUGAUCAAUGUCACUAAACACAAAUGAGGCUGUGGAUAACAACCAAAGGGAAAGUAUUUUUAACAGAGUUUUUUUUUUUUUAGUAUGUACAAUAUGUACAAUAAAUUGCUAAACUUUAUUUAGUUUUUUUAAUCCACAGUAUAUCACAAUGAUGAGCCCCAGUCAUUUUCUUUAUUGUAGGAACUUUUUGACAGUUCAGCAUUGAGUGUUCAGCAGCUCUCCUUGCUUGAAAUUGUUCAACAUUUAUAUAUGUGUCCUGUUUACAGAGAAGACACUAAGAAUUAUGAAAGCUUUUUAAUGAAUUGAGGCUCACCUUUUUUUUUUUUUUAAAGCAAAUUUGCCUGCAUUUGGCAGAUGUCUUGGUAAAUGUCUGUCACUCGUUUUGCUGCAUUAGUAGACACAGUGCCGGCUACUGUGUCCAAAUCCCAUGAAAGAUUAGUUCUUAAAUCCACAUCCUUCUAUUUCACACGUAAUUAAUUGGACUAAUUAAGAAUCAGUAAAUAAUAAUCCUCAGAAACAGCUAAGAAUUUCACUGUAUCUUGAGUGCCUUUUGUGAAACAUCUCAUGAUUGUAGGUUUGCCUCAAAGGUACAACUUUGUAGAAAUGAUGCAUUUUGUUACCAAGGAAAGGUAGAGAGCACACCUCUACGCCUAUAUUAUACAUGAACUAUAUAGCUCAGAGAAGCACAGCAUGGUGCUAUAAAUAACCUGGUACAGUACUUCGUUAUCAAGCUAUCUCUUUGUGAAAGGGUUGAUGUUACGUGGAUUUGUCUUCUAGCUAAAUGAGGGAUUUCCUCAUGGCAGAGAUUUACCAGAGAUACACCAGUGUUGUCUCCAUCAGGGGAAUUGCACUUUUUACAAGUUUUAACAAGCCAAGGUAAAAAAAAAAAAAAAAAAAAAAAAGCUGCUAAUGUGAAUUGAUUUAUCAGCUACUUUGGUGGAUGUAUUUUAAGUGCCUACUUCCCAAAUGAAUGUUAAGCCUUUAGAGGUAUUACUCUUCUCUAUGAUGAGCUACAGUUGUGAAAUAUGUAUACUGUAUUGUUUGUAUAUAAUGUACACUUUGGAUUUUAAAAUGACUAUAUAUAUAAUAUAUAAGAAAAAGGCCAUUUUCACUUUUUAGUCUACAUACAGCCGUAUGGGAUGAAGCACAAUCAGUCUCUAAAACAAUACACUCUCAUUUUUGUUUUACUUGCUUUUGUUUUGAAAAGCCAAAAACUCAUACUGUGUAUUCAGAAGCAUAUUGUACCAACAGUGACAGUACCUCAAGCAGUAAUAUAUCUGAAAAUGCCUCUUGUCCAUCAGAUGUUAUUUACUGGUUAUGGAAAUGAGAGUUGAGUGCGAGUGUGUGCAGAUUCCCAGGGCAGCUAAAAUCUGAAUGAAAUGAGUUGAGGUGUGUGUGUUCACCAAAGACUGAAAAUGCAGCAAGGUGAAACUGAGUCCCUUUUAAAUGAACACCGUGAUUCACUAUUUUUGUAGCUGUUCAUGUUCCAUUGAGAGAAACUAUUGAUGUAACCUGAAGCCAAAUUCUGUUUGAUUCAAUUGGAUUAUGUGUUCAAACAAUGUUGCUAUUUAUUGCCAGAGUUACUGAAGUACUAUAGAUUUUCUAAGUACCCUAAACGUUUAAAACACUAGAUAGCUUUGCAAAUAGAGGUUGUUGCAUAUUAAGAUAUCGAGAUUAAGAUUGAGCUACAGAAAGAUGCAGCUUUCUGUGCACUAAUAUAACAGAAAACAUAAAAGUUUUCUCUUUGUGAUAAAAUCACAUGCAUUAUUACCUGAAAUGCCAUCAUUUUAUUUUGGUCCCUGUUUUUGUAAAUACAGUUUUGUUUUUGCUCAAAGGUUACUGCCCUUAUUACAACUUUUACCUGUCUGUAACUGUAUCACCCUACACCUUUCAUCUACAAACUCUUCUGCUGCAAGCAUUAUGUAAAUAACACUGAUACAAACUAUGCCAACAGUAUUGUUGCUGUUAAUGGUAAAUGAGUUUGUUUGAAAGAACCAGGAAGAGUUAUUCAUCAGAUGAGAUGAAUAGCUUUUUCCUUUAGAGUUGAUACAGUUUCACUGACAUCGAUUGUGUCUUGUAUUAGUGAUGCUGGAGUUGCAUCAAAAGUCAUGUCCACCGUCAUCCAUGCUCAUGAAAGCACAAAUAGUUAGAAUUUUUGUCCUUGACACUGUCUGUUUCAUGUACAGAUUUGCAUGUUGACCUUAUGUAUGUAAAGUAGAAAUAUUAUAGUACUGCAAAGUUAGAAACCCUAUCAGAGCGGUGAAGGUCAGCUGUUCAGCAUUUGUUGUCUUCAUAUUGGUUGCAGUUUGUAUAGUCCCUGCUGUAAAUAAAUAAUGCUGAAAGUUAAA